AUGGAUCUUAACACUUCUCCAAACGUCUAUCUACUGAAGGCAGGGAAAUGGAAAGCGCCUCAGUUGCUGUACCAACCACAGUGUGAAGUGAAACGAAAUUUUGUCAAGCACAUGAUGUAUCUGAACGCGAUGAGUGGAUGCAAGACUAAAUUCUUGAAGACCCUCUCUAAAUAUCGAGACCUUGAAGUUCGUUGGAAAAUUCUUGGAUCCGUCAGUCCAGCCAACGGCAACGGCUGCUGCUGGAGAAAAAUUUUUGCUAGCCCUCAGUAUGUGACAUCUGCCUACAAGUUUUCCAGCAACAUUACAUCUAUACCUUUUAUCGAUGCUGCAGCAAACCAGCAUAACUUGCGUGUAUAUGUACAAGUGCAGCAGUGGCUCAGCAACAGUUUGGAUCCGAAGCUGUGGGAUUGGAAGUCAACCAAAAAUGGUCUAAUCCCUCUCACCAAUCUGAAACCCCCGGCUCCUGACAAACUAAUGCAGCAAAUAUCAUGA